AUGCCACUGGAACCGCAAAAUGCGGUGAGAGGAGGACGCUGGGAAGCUUUUGAGAAUGGCUGUGAGGAGGAACCCUUUCCUUUCAAGAGCUUUUGUAACAUGUACAGGCUGGCGGUGUCCAGGGUUCGUAACCUUAGCUUUGUGAAGAGGCUUGCUCUAGAGGAGGCUGUGGGAAACCGCAUCGAAAGCUUUGGAGAAAUACAGGUAGACAGUGUCCACCACUCAUCCCACAUCAACCGAGCAGGUUACUUUGUUGCAGGUGGUGAUCAGGGGGAAAGGAACAAUGGCUUUGAUGUCCUCUAUCACAACAUGAAACACGGACAUUUUUCAACAAAAGACUUAGCAGACUUUAUAAGGGAAAGGGCUACAAUAGAGGAGGCAUAUUCAAGAUCAAUGACAAAACUAGCCAAAUCAGCGAGCAAUUACACACAACUUGGGACAUUUGCACCAGUUUGGGAUGUUUUCAAAACCUCAACAGAAAAACUAGCAAGCUGUCACUUGGAUCUUGUGCGGAGAUUACAAGAGCUAAUAAAAGAAGUCCACAAGUAUGGAGAUGAACAAAUCAAAGCUUAUAAAAAGACUAAAGAUGACGUUUCAGGAACAUUGGAAGCAGUGCAAAAUAUUCAAAGUAUCACUCAGGCCUUACAGAAAUCAAAGGAAAACUACAACGCAAAGUGUGUUGAACAGGAACGUUUGAAAAAGGAAGGAGCAACACAGAGAGAAGUUGAUAAGGCAGCAGUUAAAUCAAAAAAAGCUACAGAUACC